UCUUUGCUCAUUCUGCAGCAGACCAUGUUGCAGACAGCAACUGCUCUUGAAUUUUAUUGCGAUCGAUUUAAUAUCGGAUAUGGGUUUUUAAAGUGUCGUGUGUGUGCGUGUGUGGAUCUGAUCUUCAUUGAUGGCACUUCAAAUGAUUAGAAAAGAAAUGUAUAUUUUCUUUUACGUUCAAAUAUUUGCUAUUGUGAUUUGGCAGUUUCGUGUCCAAGAGACCUAUGCCUCUCACAUACCUUGGAAAGGACAAAGGGAACAACAAAUAGUGUAUCAUAUACACAAUAGGUACCCAUACCCAAUACAUGGAACUAUACAGCAACAGGAGCAGCAACAAAACUUCUACAAUGGCGGAUAUCACAGAGAACAAUAUCAACAUCAAUUUUCCGAAUCUCAAUGGCCAACACAGCAAAAUAAGGUGAACCAGAACACACAAAUGCAAUAUCAAACAAGUUAUCAAGCACCUACGGAUCAAUUACCAUUAAAUCCAUUUAAUAAUUAUCCGCCUACUGCUAAAGUACCCCCCGGAUUUAGUCAAACCAAUCAGUAUGAAACAGCAACAUUCGAACCAAGGAUUUUUGAAAAUCCGUACAAUAAAUUUCACAUAAAUCCGUAUUCGUCCGCAGAUACCCACACUGGGUCCAUGGAAAAUCAUAUAUUACCUAAUGUGGAACAAGGAAGCUCUGGAUUUAACAUUAACCCUGAUAAUAAUUAUCCGCCUACUACUGAAGUACCUGCCGGACUCAGUCAAAGCAAUCAGUACGGAACAGCAACAUUAGAACCAAAUAUUUUUGAAAAUCCGAAUAUAAACUUUGGCACAAAUCCGUAUUCGUUCACAAAUAUCCACACUGGCUCCAUGGAAAACAAUAUAUUUCCGAAUGUGGAAAAAGGAAGCAAUGGAUUUAACAUUAAUCCUGAUUUAAAUAGUAUUUCCAUAGAUCCACAGAUUGAUAUAACCAACUUACAUAAAUAUAUGCCAAAUCGAACCCAUCCAGCUACAGAAUAUAAUUCCGAUCAAAACCCAUAUUUACGAAGUCACAGCAACGGAUUUAUCGAUAACACUCAGACACGUCGUAUGCAUAAUAGUCCAAGCAUCGGUACGCCGAAUCCGAUUACUACUUAUGCACCCAAUUUCUCACUUAAAACCCAUUACAAUCGGUUCAGCGGUUGGGACAACCAAAACAGUGGAACUGCAACUAUUCAAAAUAACAACGAAAAUACAUCGAACUGCCUUCAGACCGACCCAGAGAUAAUAACAAGUAAAUUUUGCUCCAAUAAUCCUGGGAUACAUCCACACCCGUUAGAUUGUUCAAUGUACCUAUCAUGUGGUUCGGGGCGAUCGUUCGAAUGUCAUUGUCCCAAGGGAACAGAUUUCAAUAGGGAUUUGCAAACAUGUGAUCACAAGUAUAACGUUCGAUGUAAUCAGAAUACGUAUAGAAAGGGUUCUCCCAAAGUGGAACCAUACAAAAUCGUUUGCCCUUACGAUGUUUGGGGAGCAUUUCCGCAUCCAUUCAGCAACCGACACUAUAUCAAGUGCUCCGAUGGAAAACUUUUGAUUAAAUCAUGUCGAAGUGGUCUUCUCUUUAGUUUAUCACGGAAUAUUUGUGACACCAAGGAUUAUCAUCAUUCAUUCGACACAGCCAUUCCCCUCUCUCAAGGGAUAGCUGACAUGGAAAGGGAAAUUAAAAUCGAAAAUAUUACAUUUGUCGAAUGUCCCUCCAAUUGGAAUGGUAGAUUUAUAUAUCCAUUUUCAAAUGGCCAUUAUUUAAGCUGCCUUAAUGGAUCCACAGAGAUUGAGUCUUGUUUGGGUGAUUCCAAGUACAGUAUACGCAGAAGAAGGUGUCUAUCAUCGAGUGAUAUUGACCAGGGGGAUUUUGUUAGGAGCGCUGUAAAACGUUCGAAAAAAAUCGAAAAUGCUAAUAAACUUGGUGUUUUUUGUGGCGCCCAAGAUGUUCGACGGUAUGCCCAUCCGACUUACCGGCGAAAGUAUUUGCUUUGCGAUCAUGGGAUGGUCAUAACAAAAUUGUGUCCCAAUGAAAAAAUAUACGAUAUUGAAACAAAAAAAUGUAUAGAAGAAGAAAAGAUAGAACAAAUUUAAGAACCGGUUGACGAAUAAGAAUUACAAUAAACGAUGGUUCAAUUGUCAAAUGUUACUUAAAUAAUAUUAACGCUUAUUAUGUUAUAAAUAACUUAAUUUAUU